AUUCCUAACUUGCAGCCUUCUGUUUCUGACAUUCAGGCUCAACUGAAGCCAGUGAGAAUGUUACUGGUGCAGGUUCUCAUCGUGGCUUCAGUUUGGUCAUAUGGAGCUGCACAAGUACAACUGACACAAGAUCAGCUAUCCAUCACAAGGAAACCAACUAAAACAGGAAGAAUUGACUGUAAAGUUUCUGGCAUCAAUUUUCGUGAUGCUUAUAUACAUUGGUAUAGACACAGACCUGGAGAAGCUCCGGAAUGGAUACUCUACUUUAAGACACAAACUGAAAAAUCAAAUUUUGACAAAGAGAAGUUUAGCGUUGACAAAACAACUGAAAAAUCAACCCUAACAGUAAACAAACUAACCUACAAUGACAUGGCUACUUAUUACUGUGCCUACUGGGAUCGCACAUACUUUGGCUCGGGCACCAAACUAGUGGUUUCAAGCACACCAGCACAUUUAAAUUCCACCACAAUGCAGGUCCUGCCUCCUUCUACUGAACAAGAUGAGAAAGUAUCACACAUGUGCCUCAUUGAGAAUUUUCACCCAAAUGUUAUUAAGGUGACUUGGGAAGAUGAGAACAAGAAUGAAGAGAAAAAUGGAGUGCAUGAGGAAAUUUGGCCCCCUGGUGACAAUCAACAGUCAUACUCAUUGAGCAGCUGGCUGACCGUAGAUAAAAAUAGUGGCAAGAAUUAUCGCUGCAAAUAUGAACAUGAAAUCAAAGGAGAUUAUGUUCCUAUGGAAUCUCCAGACAAACCUGUAGUAUCUCAAACCACAGGAAGUUGUAUCGACAAACCUGAAAACGGCACCAUGCUUUCCACAGAUAUUACAGACGGUUUCAUACAUAGGACGGCGUCUUUAAUAUACAUUGCCCUUCUCCUGAAAAGCACCAUGUACUAUGUCAUCGUACUCUUCUUCAUAUACAGGAUGCAAAGUCCAAUCAAGCACCGGGGGAAAAAAAUCUGUACAGUAUUUUGUAAAGGAUUUGCUCACUGUGAUACUUCUAGUGGCUACUACAUCAAAGUAUUUGGCUCUGGUACCAAGCUCAUUGUAACAGACAUACAAGCAAAACUUGAUUCCACCAAGAUUCAGGCCCUGCCUCCUUCUACUGAACAAGAUGGGAAAGUAUCAUACAUGUGCCUCAUUGAGGAUUUUUACCCAAAUGUUAUUAAGGUGACUUGGGAAGAGGAGAACAAGAAUGCAGAGAAAAAUGGAGUGCAUGAGGAAAUCUGGCCCCCCGGUGACAAUCAACAGUCAUACUCAUUGAGCAGCUGGCUGACCGUAGAUAAAAAUAGCAACAAGAAUUAUCGCUGCAAAUAUGAACAUGAAAUCAAAGGAGAUUAUGUUCCUAUGGAAUCUCCAGACACCUUAUCAGACACAACUGUAAUGCCUCUAACCACCAGAGGUUGUAUCAAGUUUGCUGAGAAUGACACCAUGCGUUCCACAGAUAUUAUGGACAGUUUCUUACACAGGACAGCGUAUUUCAUAUAUAUUGUCCUACUCCUGAAAAGCACCAUGUACUACGUCAUCGUACUCUUCUUCAUAUACAGGAUGCAAAGUCCAAUCAAGCGCCAGGGAAAGAAACCUUAAACUUCUCCUUACACCUUCCAACGUCAGCAUUCAUGUCUGAAAUUUACUUUGCUUUGCCAUAAGCCUGUUCAUAUGAAACUAGAGUGACCAGAUAAUAAGCGUGAAAAAUCAGGACGGGGAUGACGGGUAAUAGGCAUCUAUAUAAGGAAAAAAAAAACAAAUAUUGGGACAGUUCCUAUAAAGUCAGGAACUCUGGUCACUCACUUUGAAACCCCGUGCUCCAAAUAUUAAGACAUGCAUUUCUAUUUGAUUUUGUUGGCUAUUUCUCUAAUUAGCACAGAUGGCUUCUUCUGCUUGAAAGCAAACAGUUUUCUACGUGACCAUUUUUCCUAUUAUAUUAUUUUAAUUUUGUAACUGUGAACUUCAAGAGAUGAGGCUACACUCCUUGAUUUCAGUGGGAAUUUUGCAUCAUAAAGUAGUGCAGAAUCAGUCUUUUAGGCUCUUGUCCUGCAAAAACACUUGUGCACACAAAGAACUUUUUGGAUGUGGAUAAGCCAAUUACAUUCAGUGAAAUCAAUGGGAAAACUCGUCCCAUAAAUAUUUGCAAAGGGUGGAGUCCUAAUCUAUAACUUAAAAUGUUUUGUCAUUACAUUUCUAUUAAUUAUGCUUAUUUGCCUUAUAAAAUAUAAACAGGCUUCUGAAAUAUGACUAAUUUUUUUAAUUGAAAGAUUAAUGGAUUUUAAAUAAAAUUCAGC